CUCUGAUUCCAUGACACCCUCUGAUCAUCUCACAGGUCUAUGGGCAAGUCUUGACCUCAAACACCUCCUGGAUGUUUUCCAGUCUCUGCCCUGGAGACCCCCCAGCCCCAAGGCCAGAGCACGGGGGGCAGAGGAUGAAGCUCCCUUUCCCAGGUCACCAGAUGAACACCUGAGUCUCCUCCAAGGGUCAGAGGAUGAACCUGUAGCAGCUUCUCCACAGACCAUUUCUACAAUUUAUCAAGACCAUUUUGAAUCCUAAUCCUGGCCUCUGAAGUACUUGCAGCCCGUCCCAGCCUGGUAGCAGCAGCAAUCUCAAAAUGUGGGAAAUACUUUUCCAAGGCUUUUGAACUCAAAAGUGGAACAGAAGGAAGACACAGGGGGACAUACACCAUUCAGUGUUAUUUUCCUUGCACGGGAAAAAAAAAAAAAAGAAAAAGAUCCUUAUGAGAUGAGCACUAAAGUCUCAAGUUUUCAAAGGUUUGCAUAACAAACAAGAGACACAUUGUGGGUUGCAUCUUGACUUUGAAGGCUUGCCACUGUCAACUGAAAUAAAAUGGCAAGGUUUAAAGCCUUAACCAAGUUCACAAGGAAAAUAUUUGGACUAAAAGUUUUGGAAAGUUUUCUCUCUUUGAAGUAGUUUGUCAUGUGUUACCAAUGUGAACUUUAUUGACCUUGAAACAUUUUUUUUUUUGAAUCAAAUAGCAACUAGUGACACUUUAGUAAAAUCUUAAAUCAACAACCAUCUCCUGGCGGCUCCAGCUCCGUAGCAAAUGCAGGCAAAACAGGGAAUCUACAGAGGAGACCUUUAUUAUUCGUAAAUGAAGCCUGCCAAAACCUUCCCAAAAUAGCAUUCAGAGACCCUUUUAAGGUCAUGGAUCCUGAACAAAGCCAGAAGAGCACAAAAAAGGCUGAGGAAAGUCCAAGACAGAGGCUUCCCAAAGGAGAGGCUUUCCAAGCCAGUAUUUCAUCCACAACUACGUACCAGGGCAGCUCUGCUCCUUCCCAAGGAACCCCUCUCCGAGAUAUCAUAUCGCAGCAGCACUUUUCUGGCCCUCUGCCCGUUCCAAGAGAGGAGUCUCAGGAGAAGACUGGACAUCAGAAGCAACCCAAGCCUUCCUCUUUCGAACACCCUCCCCACCUCUCGCAGCUUCAGCAGCACGCACUGUCACCAGCAUUCAUGUCCCCGGGGAAGCCAGAGCAUGUCCUCGAGGGUCCCACGUGGCAGCUAGUUGAUCCAGUGAGACCGGGGCCCUCUGGCUCCUUUUCAUCACCCGGGCUCCACUCUCACCACGGCCAGCUCCUGCCUUCCCACUCGCAGAUCAUUCCCGGAGAGGACAUGCCGUCCGUUCAAAAGGUCUACAUCCCUCGCCCUUCCCAGGUUUCCUUGAAACAGGCCGAGGAGGUGCACAAGAAGGAAAAGAAACCCCAAAAGCCAGGCAAGUACAUCUGCCAGUACUGCAGCAGGCCCUGUGCGAAGCCGAGCGUGCUCCAGAAACACAUCAGGUCGCACACGGGCGAGAGGCCGUACCCUUGCAUUCCAUGUGGCUUCUCUUUUAAGACUAAGAGCAAUUUGUACAAACAUAGGAAAUCUCACGCUCAUCGGAUAAAAGCUGGGCUGGCCUCAGGGAUCGGAGCAGAGAUGUAUCCAUCGAGCCUGGAGAUGGAGAGGAUUGGCGGGGAGGACUUCGAGGAGCCCACGGAAGGGGAGAGCACGGACUCGGAGGAGGAGACGGGCGCGAUGUCGGGGCACUCGGUCGAGCUCUCCCCCAGGCAGAAGCACGGGCUGCUGUCCAGCAGCUUGCUGAGUGCAGGGAGCCAAGGCUCCAGCCACGACCGGUGUUCCUUGUCCCAUUCCAGCAUGUCCCAGUCCCUGGAGGACAGCAGCCAGUUCGUGGAGCCCUCGUCAGACCACGCCCUGAGCCAUAAAUCCGAGGACACCCACACGAUCAAGCAGAAACUCGCGCUCCGCCUGAGCGAGAGGAAGAAGGUGAUCGAUGAACAGGCCUUCCUGAGCCCCGGCAGCAAAGGCAGCACCGAGUCAGGAUAUUUCUCCAGGUCAGAGAGUGCAGAGCAGCAGAUCAGCCCCCCGAACACCAACGCCAAAUCUUAUGCGGAGAUUAUUUUUGGGAAGUGUGGGAGAAUCGGGCAAAGGACAGCAGCGUUGGCUGCCAACACCACCCAGGGGUUUCCACACCUGUCCACGGAUGAGAAGCCCAGCAUGGUCCCGUUGUCUGUGCCUAGAACACAGGUGAUUGAACACAUCACUAAGCUAAUUACAAUUAACGAAGCUGUUGUAGAUACCAGUGAAAUAGAUAGUGUUAAGCCUAGAAGAAGCUCUUUAUCUAGACGUAGCAGCAUCGAAUCUCCAAAGUCUGGUGUAUAUAGAGAACCGUUCCAGUUCGAUAUCAAGUCUGGUUCCAGUAGCCAGUUGGAUGCUUCCAAAGUGUUGGCAUCCCACGGUGAAAAAAUUAAGCCCGAACAAUCAUUGUUGUCACUUCAGCAAUCCCACAGUGCCACAGAGACAGUGCCUCUCCUAAGAAGCCACUCAAUGCCUUCUGCUGCAUGCACUAUAAGCUCCCCACACACCUUUAGAGGUAGCUACUCAUUUGAUGAUCACAUCAUGGAGCCUGAAGUCUUAAGCCGCAGUCAAGCGUUUUCUUCUCACCCUCGAACGCUAAAACGACAACCAGCUAUUGAGCUACCCUUGGGAGUGGAAUAUGUCUCAGAGGAGGUCGGCUCUGCCAACAAAGAAACUGUUUCCAAACCUCCCGAGGAGCCUGAAACCAAGGAAAGCGAUCUUACCAAAAAGUCACGGAAGGGCCCCAAGGUGAAAGGGUUCAUGUACGAGUGCAACGUGUGCGGUGCUCGCUACAAGAAAAGGGACAAUUAUGAAGCCCAUAAGAAGUACUACUGCUCAGAACUGCAGCUCUCCAAGCCUCGCUCUUCCGCUUCCCAUCCCUCUUCAGAGACCGAGAAAGGCGCUGCAGAUCCCGACCCGUGGCCCCAGAUGAUGCAUUACAAGCUGGGGAGCACUUUGGAGCUCACCCCGCUCCGCAAAAGGCGGAAGGAGAAGAGUCUUGGUGACGACGAGGAGCCUCCAGCUUUUGAAGUGUCUGACACCCCCUCCUCCAGCGCCGGGCCAGGGGCUCAGUUUGCAAACCCGGCGUCGUCGGAUGUGGCUCUGAACCUGACCCGUGAAUCCAUGAAGUCACCAGCAGAUCCGGGUAAAUCUGCCCCUUCUGACGUCAGUGCCACCUUCCAUCCCAGGAACACCAAACUGGCCUCGAGCGGGGAGGGCAAGGAGAGGAGAACGACCUCCAAGGAGAUCUCUGUCAUCCAGCACACGAGCUCCUUUGAGAAGUCUGACUCCAUCGAGCAGACCAGCAGCUUGGAAGAAGACAAGCCCUUGUCCCAGUUCCCGUCGCAGCCGACGCCCCAGCACAGCCGCCCACCCCACUCCCUGCAGCCCCGGCUGGUCCGGCAGCACAACAUCCAGGUGCCAGAGAUUCUGGUCACAGAAGAGCCUGACAGGCCAGAAACAGAGCCAGAACCUCCUCCAAAAGAGCCAGAGAAAACAGAGGAAUUCCAGUGGCCGCAGAGGAGCCAGACCCUCUCCCAGCUCCCUGCAGAGAAACUCCCACCCAAAAAGAAGCGGCUCCGGCUGGCGGAGAUGGCUCAGUCCUCCGGGGAGUCCAGCUUCGAGUCCGUGUCUCUCACCCGCAGCCCGAGUCAGGAGAGCAGCGUCUCCCACGGCUCCAGCCACUCCGUGUCCUUUGAUCGGGAUGAUCACAGCAAGCCAGAGCCCAGCAGCCAGCCCUCCGAGUCCCACCCGAAGCCUCCUGGCGUCGGCUCACACAUGCUGAUGGUCCCGAGCCACCAUCACCACUCCAGGGAAAUGCGGAGAUCUGCCUCUGAGCAGACACCCAACGUGUCCCACCCUUCCCAGAUGUCGGAGACACGCAGCAAAUCGUUUGACUACGGGAGCUUGUCGUCCACUCCUGCCUCGACCCCCGGCCCCUCGAGCUCCUCGGCUUCCCAGGAGAGGAGGAAAUGCUUCCUGGUCCGGCAGGCGUCCCUCACCAGGCACCCAGAGCACGACCCAGACCCGGCUCCCACAGGCUGGACAGAGACAGAAGAUCCAGCUCCUUCCUCAAGUAAAUCUCCUUCCACCAGUUUGCCCCAUCAGCCGAGCUCUUCACCCCUUCUGCCCUCUCACGGGACUUACCCCAGUGAGAAGAGCCAGCCAAAGGACAGCCCUGAGCCCACCUACAGCCCGCCCUACACGGAGGCCCUGCAGGUGUUCCACCACCCCGUCCCACAGCUGACGCUGCACGAGAAGCAGUUCCUGGCCCCGCAGGUCUCCAUAUUCCCCUACCAGCACCUCCUGCCGCAGCCAGGGCAGUCUGCAGAGCUCUUUGCUGCACACACCAUGUCUGACAUCCUCUCUGCUCAGUUCUCCAUGCCCCAGAUCCCUCCCUCCAUAUUCCAGACCCCGCCACUGCCUCUCCCACAGACGCUCAUCCACCCGGGCCCGCUCCACAUCGCUCCGCCACUGAUGUCUCACCCCGCCGAGGUGUCCUUCAGGCAUCCCUCGUUCCUGCCCGUGCACUACCCUGGCUCCUCUCCCAUCCCCUCAGCCUUUUUUCUGCCUCUCCAGUCUCAGUUUGCUCUCCACUUGCCAGGUGAAGCUGGUGGACAUUUACCACAGCUCAAAUCCAGUUUAUUCCCGGCAGCAGGAGCCUCCAGCCUGUCCCCGUGCACAGAGUACGACUCUGAGAGCAGGCUGCACCCUCUGACCUGCACUGCCAGCCCCUCGGUGUCCGUGACGGUGACCCAGCUGGUCGUCCCCCCGCGCUCGGAGCCGAUGGUGUCCCUGGUGGUGCCCGUGCGCAUCCAGACGAACAUGCCGUCCUACGGCAGCGCCAUGUACACCACCCUCUCCCAGAUCCUGGUCACCCAGUCCCAGUGCAGCUCCUCCACCAUUGUCCUCCCCAAAUUCAACGACCGCCCGCCCAAGGGUGCCCUGGUGUGCAGCGCCGACGUCCACGGGCUGGGCUUCGACCUGGCCCAGAUGAUCACGGAGGAGCAGAGGAGCCUUUUCCAGAGCCCCUACCUGAGGGUGCCCCUGCCCCUGCCCGAGCGCAAGGGGUACAUGCCCCUCACCUGCCCCUCCGACAGCGUCCUCGGCCUGGAAGGGGGCCCAGCUACGGUCGGGGGAAGCAAAAGGAUGCUCUCCCCAGCCGGCAGCUUGGAGCUGACGAUGGAAACACAACAGCAGAAGAGAGUGAAAGAGGAGGAAGUGUCUGAAGCAGAAGAGAAGUUGGAAGUGGUGAAGCCCCCCAGUGCAAUAGAGGAAGGGAAAAAGCAGGAGAAAUCUCACUUCCUUGCGGAAAGCCAGGACAGGGUCGAGGUUGAAGCACCACCUAGUUUGUCCACAGAGCAGUCAGAGCCAAAGGAAACCCCGAGCAGUUUGCAGCAGGCUGUGUCCCAUUCAGGUUCUCCAAGCUUUGAGGCACUGGAAGAGUAUGAGCAGCCAGCUGGCAAACAGUUCCUCAGCAAGGCACCUUUGCAACCCGUGAAGAAAGAAGACUCCAAAGAACAGGUGGAGCCGUCUCCACCGAACCCCCCGAGCACUGCCCCGCCGUCCGAGGGCACCCAGAGUGCAAUGAAGUCUCGAGAAGGUACAGACACGAAGAAGGUACUUCAGUUCCCCAGCCUCCACACAACCACUAAUGUCAGUUGGUGCUAUUUAAACUACAUCAAGCCAAAUCACAUCCAGCAAGUGGAUCGGCGCUCCUCGGUUUAUGCCAGCUGGUGCAUCAGCCUCUACAACCCCAACCUGCCCGGGAUCUCCACCAAGGCAGCCCUGUCCCUCCUGAGGUCCAAGCAGAAGGUGAGCAAGGAGACCUACACCAUGGCCACGGCUCCCCGUCCGGAGGCAGGCAGGCUGGUCCCAGCCAGCUCCAGGAAGCCCAAAAUGACAGAGGUUCAUUUGCCUUCGCUCCUUUCUAAUGAAGGUCGAAAAGAUAUAACUAGAGCUGAGAAGGAAGAGGAGAAAAGAGGAAAAGCAGAAGAAGAGGCUCUUGUGACCAAACGAGGGGAGCCAGUCAGGAUCAAGAUCUUUGAAGGAGGGUACAAAUCAAACGAAGAGUAUGUGUAUGUGCGAGGCCGUGGAAGAGGGAAGUAUGUUUGUGAGGAGUGUGGAAUUCGCUGCAAGAAACCCAGCAUGCUGAAGAAACACAUUCGCACGCACACAGACGUCAGGCCGUACGUCUGCAAGUACUGUAACUUUGCUUUUAAAACCAAAGGGAAUCUGACUAAACACAUGAAGUCAAAAGCCCACAGCAAAAAAUGUCAGGAGAUGGGCGUGUUGGUAUCUUCACUGGUGGAUCUGGAAGCCGAAGAAGGAACCAGUGAAGACCUAUUCCAGGACUCUGAGGGGCGGGAGGGAUCCGAGCCAGUUGAGGAACACCAGUUUUCAGACCUCGAGGAAUCUGACGAUGAUGAUGACAAUGAGGAUGAGGAGGAUGAGGAGGAAGAGGAGAGCCAAGAUGAGCCCCCUCUGAAGUUGCCUGAAGGCACACACACCACCCUCCUGCUGCACUCUUCAGGUGGCUCUCCAUCUUCUCAAGAGGAAGGCACCGAAACAGCAUCAUCCUUAGCCCCAGACGCCGUUUCCAGCACCCAAAAAGCAGGUGAAGGCCAGCAGGCCUCGUCCUCAGGGCUGGAAACCAAGUGGUCAGCAGACAGCAGUGACAUUGCUGUGUGCCACAGCUUCUUGAGUCUCCACAGACCAGCUUUGACCUCCACUGAACAAUUGGCUUCUGCUGGAAGAGAGUCCGUCACCAGGCCACAGAUGUCCUUGGCCAUGGACCUGUCACCCUCCAAGGACACCUCCCCCAGGAGAAGGUGGUCUCCCAGCCAGGACUCUGGCAGAGGUGGCAGCAGACCAAUGAUGGCGAGGAAGCACUUGUUAACCAAAAACGAAACGUCACCCAAGAGGUUCUCCCCCACUGCAGAACUGUCCUCUCUGAGGUGCCUGUCCCCGGGGAGGGGGCUGUCUCCUUGCCAGAGGGUCUCUCCCAGGAGAGAGGCAUCUCCUCUCAGAUGUGUGUCACCAAGGCUUGAGCUGUCACCCAGCAGGCAUCUGUCCCCCAGGAGAGAGCUGUCCCCGCGAGCACAGCUCCCCCCAGAAGGAGAGGUCUCCCCUGGGAGACACUCCUCACCCAGCAGAGACGUGUCAUCCGUCAGAUACUUAUCCCUGAAGAAAGUCUUGUCUCCAGGCUCCCUGGAGUCGCCCAGGUACCCAUUCCCAGGGAAAGAGGACUUGCCUGGCACGAGCAAAUCAGCAGCAGAUGACAAAGUUCCAAGCUCAUAUCAAGCCCAGCACGGGAUAUUAUCUUCGAUGCCUCUACCUCACAGGUUCUUUGGCAAAAACAUACAGCUCUACGAGUCCAAGCUGAAGAUCGAGCCCCGAAGCCCACCACGCUCCCCUGGCCCCACCCAGCCCGUCUGCUCCCGGCCCCUGCAGGCACCGCACGACCUCCACGCCCCGGGCCGAGGGGAGGAGAACGUCUUCAGCCACCUCCCGCUGCACUCGCAGCAGCUCACCAGGACCCCCUACCCCAUGAUCCCCAUCGGGGGCAUCCAGAUGGUCCAGGCCAGGCCCAGCUCCCACCCCAGCCUGGUGCCCAGCUCCGUGGUGUCCCUACAAGCCGGAUACUUCGCCUCUGGAAGCGGAGCCGUGGCGGAGUUUGGCCGGGCUCCCAAGGGGGAUGAGGAGCCGCAAAUCCCAGCGGCGUCCGCGUCCCCGGCUGCGAAGGUUUCCAAGUACGCGCUGUCCCCGGAGCUGAGCGGGGGUUAUUUGGAGGAGAAAAUGAGGACUAGUGAGCUUCAGCAGCAGCCAGAGCAGGAGGAACACAGGGUACAAGCGCUGGCUGAGCCCAGCCCGGAGGAGCGGGCGGGCCCGGCCAGCCCCAGCACACCCCAGGAGCACUGUCCAAAGCCUCCGACGAGCGGGGAGGAAGAACCCCCCAAAAAAACGGGCAAGAAGCAAUCUGGCAGCUCGAGCACUUCUGUUGAGUCACCCUGCACUUUCAUCUCAGAUGCCCCCCCGUGUGACGGCGGCAGCAGCCCCGGCUGCCCCCCCGAGCCCCCGCCCGGGCACCAAGGGGGCACCUCCGGGAAGAGCAGCCCCCACCCAGAGCACGCAGCUUUAGGUCAAACUCAAACAAAGGUGGAUGAAAACGCGGGAAGUAUUUAA